CAUCAGAAUUAAUGGGUUAUAUAUAUAAAGCAUCGGGUUGACGUUCACCGGUGCAGUCCGUCACCAAAUCGGCAGCACGUUUUCGAAGGGUGACGGGAACUUCGUUAUACGACUACAGAAAGGGUACGCCACUGCACACUUUACUUCCAUCUGCGGUGCUCGUUAGACUCUAUAAUAAGAGAUGCCACGUGGAACUUCCCAGUUUUAAACUAAUGUGGAUGUAUGGUUCGCCAUUGCAGUUAAUGAGUGAUCUUAGCUAAUGUUAUUGCUUGGCGCAAUUAUUAUAUAGAAAAUUCGCUUAAUAGCAAAUGUCUCUUAGAGUAAGUGAACGGUUGACGUCUAGUUGAUUGUGAGCUGUUCGCUCGGCCUACUCAUCGGAGGAAAUGGGCGUGGGAUACGUUUAUACAUCAUAAAGUACUAUAUAGCUCCCCAGUGUAGGUUAGCUUCAGAGUUAGAGUCUUUAUCGUCUUGGCCAGCCCUUUCCUUUAACAAAUAGAUCCACUUGGGAAGGGGACAUGAGCAUGCUUAUUCAAGGGGCGCACCCACGCUGUCUUGUGCCAGACUCAUUUAGCGUGGAGUAGAUCGUGUAACAAAGGCAAAGUAACUAGUGGUUAAGUUCUACAACUGCUAGGCAAUGGGUAGCGUGACUUCGUUGAGAACUCGUGUGCUCGUUGCAAAACAGCACGAUCACUCCUACUACUGACGAACGCAACUUCGCUUGCACAUAACUUUGUGUAUCAUAAUUUACAAUUGUUCUCUGGUGGUGUUCUUCAAAUGACCAGCAGCUCUUCACCAAAGUGCAAUUAAAUGUUUGUUCUCACAGGAUUGCUUUCAUUACAAUAAGGAAACAUUUUGAGUAUUGAAUAGGCGUCUGAUAAUCAAUACUAAGAGUUUCAUUCAUACGAAGGUCAAAUAAGCAUACAAGAAACAUACAAUAACAGCAAGAAGUGUCCGAAGUCCUGUUAUCAGGCAGAGCAGCAGUGCGGUCGUCAAUAUGGAUGGAGACCACGUACACUACGCAGAUCUGAUUCGAGCUCAUUUUGCCGAGAAUAAGAAAAAGUGGUGGUUCUACCUUGGCGAGCGCGGCUCCGGCCUACGGACUCGAUCGGGUAAAAUACAAACUUUUAGCGAAAUCCAGCAACAAUGUAAGGAGUCCGGUGAACUAUUUGACGAUCCGGAGUUUCCUUGUACAAAUGAGUCCGUGUUCGGCUGCUCCGAACCGAAGCACCGCGUCCGAUGGCUACGUCCCUCGGAGAUCGCCAGCAGUCCGUGUCUAUUUGUUGACGGAGCGUCACGCUUUGACGUCGUCCAAGGCAGUGUCGGAAACUGCUGGAUGGUGGCCGCUCUGGCCAAUUUAACCUUGAACGAUGAGCUUUUUAAUCGAGUUGUUCCACAGGACCAGAACUUCGACAAUGAAUACACUGGCGCGUUCCAUUUUCGGGUCUGGAAAGCCAAUCGUUGGAUCGAUGUUUGUGUCGACGACAGACUUCCUACCCGUAACGGGGAACUUCUUUACAUGAAGAGCCGCAGCGGUAACGAGUUCUGGAGUGCACUGCUAGAGAAGGCAUAUGCCAAAAUACAUGGAAGCUACGAAGCACUUUCGGGGGGAUCGGCGUGCGAGGCCAUGGAGGAUUUCACUGGUGGCAUUACGGAACAGUACGAUGUUCGCCAAGCACCUCACAAUCUGUAUAUGAUUAUGCUGAAGGCUUACGAACGAAAUGCUUUGAUGUCGUGUUCCAUCACGCCUGGAGAAAGACUUGAGGAGCGUUUAAGUAACGGGCUUGUCGCGGGACACGCGUAUUCGAUCACUUCCGUGAAACUCGUCUUCAUCGAACGUCUUAAGGGUAAAAUGCCUUUAAUUCGAAUUCGCAAUCCCUGGGGCGAGCACGAAUGGAGGGGAGCAUGGGCCGACGGCUCAAAGGAGUGGUCGCUUGUUGACGAAGAGGAACGAGAGCGUGUUGGCCUCAAAUUCGACGCCGAUGGGGAAUUCUGGAUGUCCAUGAAAGAUUUCGAGCGUAACUUCCACUAUUUGGAGUUAUGCAAUUUAGGCCCCGAUGCUCUCACUGAAGAAAUGCUGACGGACUCCUCUACCAAAAAAUGGGAGGUAGCUGUCUAUGAAGGGUCCUGGGUUGCAGGAGCCACUGCGGGAGGAUGCCGCAAUUACCUUGAGACCCAUUGGGUAAAUCCCCAAUAUUUUAUUACAUUAAUGGAUCCUGAUGAAGACGAUGACGAUGAAAAGUGUACAAUGAUCGUAGCUCUGAUGCAGAAAAAUCGGCGUGCAAUGAGGACACUAGGAGGAGGUCUUUUUCUGACUAUAGGAUUCGCCAUAUAUAGGGUGAGCGAUCCGGAAAACGUUGACAAGCCCCUCAGUUUGAAUUUUUUCAAGAUGACGCCAUCAGCAGCGCGAUCGCACACAUUUAUUAACUCGCGUGAGGUUACAACACGAUUCAAGCUGUCGGUCGGAACUUACUGUAUUGUGCCUUCAACUUUUGAACCUAAUCAGACUGGAGAUUUUCUGCUAAGAGUGUUCACUGAGAAGAAGAACACAUUGACGGAGCACGAUAGCAAGCCUGCGAUUAGCGCUCCUGAACCGGAAGUAGCAGCACCAGAAGAAGAUCCGGACUCGGAAAAGGCGCGCCACUUGCAGGCACUGUUUGCCAAGAUAGCAGGAGACGACCUCGAGGUUAACUGCUACGAACUGCAGAAGAUCCUCACCGUCGUCUUUCAAAAAGAUUUCCCCAAUCGAGACGAGGCCGGACCAUUCAGCGAGCUUCAAGGCAAUAAGUUCUCGCUGGAUGUGUGCCGCAGUAUGAUAUCGCUGAUGGAUUCUAACCAUUCAGGGAAACUCGGACUUGAAGAUUUUCGCGCCCUAUGGAUCAUGAUCCGCACAUGGAGGAAUACAUUUAAGCUGUAUGAUACGGACGAGGAUGGUGCUCUCGACACCAUGGAGCUCCGACAAGCACUUCAUUCAGCCGGCUAUACGAUCAACAACCAUAUUCUCUCGUUCCUUGUACUACGUUAUGGACACGAUGGCUUUAUCAACUUCGACGAUUUCAUCGGAUGCGCCGUCAAGUUACGCUGCAUGAUCGAAAUCUUCAGAGAGAAAGACGUUCGCCGAAUGGGUUCGGCGGUAUUCACCAUUGACGAUUGGCUGCAAAGAACGAUGUAUUGCUGAAUCGUGAGCUCCGGGCCGUGGAUCUUUUUCAUUCUUCAUCGAAACAAAUCUACAGAGGAUAUUAUAAGAGAACAUAUAAAUAUCGCCAAUAAAUCGGAUUUACUAGAUUUCUUCAGCUCGAAUCCAAUAUUUA